AUGGUGGUUGAGCUCGAUUUGUGUGAUUUUGGGUCAGAGAAGAUGGGUGUUGUUCCUGUUGACCAACUGUUCGAUGAAAAGAACCUCUAUAACAACACUAGGAUACAUGCAUGCAUGACUGCUCUUCACAUUGCAGCAUGUGCAAGACAUAUUCACUUUGUGGAGGAACUGGUCAAAAUGAUGGAUGAAGAAGACUUGGCACUUCACGACAAGAAAGAAAACACUGCAUUCAGACUGACACCACUGUUUAUAGCUGCUUUGCUAGAACGGUCUGAAAUGGCGUGGUACUUAUACCCUAAAACGUAUCCAACACUAAAUGAAACGAACCAGAAUGCUCUAUUUUUUUCUUAUAUCGAUACUGGUCAUUAUGAUUUAGCCAUGAAGAUGCUAGAAGAUGAUACAACACUAGCAAUGACCCGUAAUUCCAAUGCAGAAACUGCCUUACAUGUCUUGGCUCGAAGGCCUUUAGAAUUUGGUGGCCGAAGUACUUUAGGAAUGUGCAGUAGGCUCAUGAACUCAUUCUCAGGCAUUGAGGAUUCGUACAAAAGCUUGAAGCAAACUAAAGCCCUAGACCUAGUCGAAUGCCUUUGGAAUCAAAUCUUGAAACAUGACGAUGACGAUGUCAUGUGCCUCAUCACAGAACCUUCGGAAGUACUAUUUGACGCGACAAGAUUAGGAAAUUAUGAGUUCCUGUCUGUGCUUAUUAAUGCUUAUCCUGAUUUACUAUGGGAAACUGAUGACGAAAAUCGGACUAUAUUCCAUGUUGCAGUCUUGUAUCGUCAUGCAAGUAUCUUCAAUUUAGUACAUGAGACGGGUUUAAUCAAAGACAUCAUAGUGACAUAUACUGAUGAUGAGAAUAACAACAUUUUACAUCUUGCUGCAAAACUAGCACCUCAAAAUCAACUCAAUCUUGUGUCAGGAGCAGCUCUACAAAUGCAGCGAGAGUUAGUAUGGUUUGAGGAAGUGAAAAAGAUUGUUCAACCUCUGUCCAUAGAUAUGAAAAAUAAGGACGGCAAAACACCUCGAGAAUUAUUCACCAGUGAGCAUGAGGGGUUAUUGUGUGAGGGAGAAUCAUGGAUGAAGAACACUGCAAAUUCGUGCAUGCUUGUUGCUACCAUUAUCACCACUGUCAUGUUUUCAGCUGCAUUUAGCAUACCAGGUGGUAUAGCUGAUAAUACAGGAGCACCAAAAUUCCUAAAAGAUACAGCAUUUCUCAUCUUUGCCAUAUCAGAUGGAGUAGCACUCUUUUCCUCUUCAACUUCCAUGCUGAUGUUCUUGUACAUCCUCACCUCGCAGUAUGCAGAAAACGAUUUUCUCAAAUCCUUACCGUUGAAGUUAAUGGUAGGACUCGCAUCACUCUUCAUCUCCAUGACAUCCAUGAUGAUAGCCUUCAGCACAGCCUUCUAUUUAUAUUGUCACUACGGAUUAGGUUUUGUCUCGGAUGUUAUAUUUAUUUUUGCAUUUGUUCCAGUUGUCUUGUUCAUUUUCUUGCAAUAUCCACUCUUGUGCGAUAUGUUCUUGCCAACAUAUUAUUCAAGUCGUAUAUUUCAGCCAAGAAAACAUAUGAUCCAAUAG